UCAGAAUGUUUGGUGAAAAUGACACCAGAGCUAAAAGAGACCAACAGGAGAGAUCAGAGUCUGAGAUUCUCAGUGGUCAAUCUGUCCAGAGUCAUCAAACAGACCUGUCCUCUAUAUUCAGUUUACUUGAACAGAAUAUCAUGAUAUUUGUGAAGAAGGAGUUAAAGAGGUUUAAGAUAAUGCUGAGUUCAGAUCUCCCAGAAGGAUUUGAGAGUCAGAGGGAGGAUGAGGAAGGUGUGGACCCUGAAGAUGAGAAGCAGGAGAGCAGUGCCAACGAGGGGGCUCUGAAGAUCACACUGCAUGUCCUGAGGAACAUGUACCAGAAGGAUCUUGCUGACACACUGGAGAAAAAUGAGCUUGCAGUGAUUUACCAACAUGAUCUCAAAUCUAACCUGAAGAAGAAGUGUCAGUGCUUAUUUGAGGGUAUCGCUAAACAAGGGAACCCAACACUUCUCAAUAAGAUCUACACAGAGCUCUACAUCACAGAGGGUGGAAGUGGAGGAGUCAAUAAUGAACAUGAGGUGAGACAGAUUGAGACAACAACCAGGAAACAAACAAGACCAGAGACAGCAAUCAAAUGUAAUGACAUCUUCAAACCCACACCUGGACAAGACAAACCUAUCAGAACUGUGAUGACAAAGGGUGUUGCUGGAAUUGGAAAAACUGUUUCUGUGCAGAAGUUCAUCCUGGACUGGGCUGAAGGAAAAGCCAAUCAGGAAGUCCAAUUUGUAUUUCCCCUCCCUUUUAGAGAGCUGAAUUUAAUGAAAGGGGAUGAACUCAGUUUGAUUCAACUCAUCAAUUAUUUCUCAGUUGAAACCAAUAAAGCAAGAAUCUCUAACUACAACAAAUACAAAGUUCUGUUCAUCUUUGAUGGUCUUGAUGAGUGCCGACUGCCCCUUGACUUCCAGAACAACAAGAGCUGUUGUGAUGUCACAGAGUCAACCUCAGUGGAUGUGCUGCUGACAAACCUCAUCAAGGGAAAUCUGCUUCCCUCUGCUCUCCUCUGGAUAACUACCAGACCUGCAGCAGCCAAUCAGAUCCCUUCAGGGUGUGUUGGCCUGGUGACAGAGGUCAGAGGGUUCAAUGACCUACAGAAAGAGGAGUACUUCAGGAAGAGAUUCACUGAUGAGGACCUGGCCAGCAGAAUCAUCUCACACAUAAAGACAUCAAGGAGCCUCCACAUCAUGUGUCACAUACCAGUCUUCUGUUGGAUCGUUGCUACAAUCCUUUAGCACAUGUUGACUACAGAUGAUAAAGGAGAGCUGCCCAAGACCCUAACAGACAUGUACUCACACUUCCUUGUGUUUCAGUCCAAACACAGGAAUGUAAAGUAUGAUGGGAAAAAAGUGACAGAACCACACUGGAAUAAAAAGAGCAUUCUGACACUGGGAAAACUGGCUUUUCAACAGCUACAGAAAGGCAAUCUGAUUUUCUAUGAAGAAGACCUGAAAGAGUGUGGCAUUGAUAUCAAUGAAGCAUCAGUGUACUCAGGAGUCUGUACACAGAUCUUUAAAGAGGAAUGUGGGUUGAACCAGGACAAGGUGUUCUGCUUUGUCCAUCUGAGUAUUCAGGAGUUUUUAGCGGCUGUCUAUGUGUUUCUCUCAUUCAAAAACAAAAAUAAGAAUCUAAUGGAUGAACAACAAUCAACCUUCAUAACACGUCUACCCUGGACAAUACCUGAAAUAGAUUUUCACAAGACUGCUGUGGAUAAAGCCUUCCAGAGUAAGACUGGACACCUGGACCUUUUCCUCCGCUUCCUUCUGGGUCUCUCACUGGAGUCAAAUCAGAAGCAUUUACGAGGUCUACUGACAAAGACCAGAAGCAGCUCACAGAGCCAUGAAGAAACAGUCAAGUACAUCAAGGAGAAGAUCAGGGAGAAUCCCUCUUCAGAGAGGUGCAUCAAUCUGUUCCACUGUCUGAAUGAACUGAAUGACCAUUCUCUAGUGGAGGAGAUCCAAAGAUACCUGAGUUUAGGACGUCCCUCCAGAGAAGAACUGUCACCUGCACAGUGGUCAGCUCUGGCCUUUGUAUUACUGACUUCAGAAGAGGAGAUUGAUGUGUUUGACCUGAAGAAAUACUCCUCAUCUGAGGAAGGUCUUCUGGGGAUGUUGCCAGUGAUCAAAACCUGCAGAACUGCUCUGCUGUCAGGCUGUCUGGUCACAAAGGAAGGCUGUGCUUCUCUGGUCUCAGCUCUGAAGUCAAACCCCUCACACCUGAAAGAACUGGAUCUGAGCUACAAUCACCCAGGAGACUUGGGAGUCAGACUGCUCUCUGCUGGACUGGAGGAUCCACACUGGAGACUGGAGAAACUCAAACUGUCAGGUUGUAGAAUCACAAAGGAAGGCUGUGCUUCUCUGGUCUCAGCUCUGAAGUCAAACCCCUCACACCUGAAAGAACUGGAUCUGAGCUACAAUCAGCCAGAGGAUUCAGGAGUGAUGGAGCUCUCUGCUUUGAUGGAGGAUCCACAAUGUAGACUGGAGACUCUGAGACUGUCAGGUUGUAGAAUCACAAAGGAAGGCUGUGCUUCUCUGGUCUCAACUCUGAAGUCAAACCCCUCACACCUGAAAGAACUGGAUCUGAGCUACAAUCAGCCAGAGGAUUCAGGAGUGAAGAAGCUGUCUGCUCUGCUGAAGGAUCCACAAUGUAGACUGGAGACUCUGAGACUGUCAGGUUGUGGAAUCACUGAGGAAGGCUGUGCUUCUCUGGGCUCAGCUCUGAAGUCAAACCCCUCACACCUGAAAGAACUGGAUCUGAGUAAAAAUGACCUGAAGGAUACGGGAGUGGAGAAGCUCUCUGGUUGGCUGAAGGACCCACAAUGUAGACUGGAGACUCUGAGGUGAGUAACACAAUUGACAACAGAACAAUAAACAUGACAACAACACAACAGAGGGGCAACACAACAAAAGGGGAAUACAAACAGCUUCUGUGUUCCCACCUCUACCUGUUCUGAGAUGCUAGAUGGUCCAAGCCUCCAUCCCUGGUAAAGACCAAACCCUGUCAGACAACCCAGCAGGCCUGGAAGGAAACACACCACAACUAACAGGACCACCAUUACAAACAAAAACAUAUUCUUACAUAAUAAAUAAUAAUUUCUGUUAGUCCAAGUCCAUCACACAUUAGAACUAAUCUUCAUUCCACCCCUCUGAUGUCCACUGAUCCACCAUUCAUUCCCACUGUAUUAUUGUUACACUCUUUCUUAUUGAAGACAUCCCUUCAUUCUACCAUGUUGUCUCAUAGGGACUUGAACUUCCCAUCUGUUACAUUUCUUCAUGAAUUGUCUGGUUACAUCAUACUGAUGCUGCCCAGGGAUCCAUCAUAGUACAGAGUAAUUUGUCUCAGUUCUGCCAGGGUGGAUGGGUGGAAGUCACACAGGGCUGCCUUGUCAUAUUGCACUCUAGCGACUCCUUGUGGUCGAGUGGCUGACUGUAAUCUCAGUCAUGGUUGUUAAGCUGCAGAAUGUGUUACCCUCAAGCACACGUGUAUCAGAUAAACACUUCCUGAUUGAUUGAGCAGUGUGAUUAGAAUCGGAACUGCGUGGUAAAGCAUGCUCAUUAGAUAUGUCCCAAUUUAGUUAAUUCAUUUUGACUAUCCUGUAACUUCUGUGUGGAUGUUGAUACAAGGCCGCGUAAUGCAGCAUAAUGCCUUGUCUCAGCAUCCACAGGUCAUAAAAGAGUAUUUGAUUAGAGAUGUGCAUGGCAGUUAUUUUCACAAUUGAUAAUUCCAGCUUUUGUUAUUGAAUAGUCGACCCCACCCCCUCAUGUCAAAAAGAAAGGUAUUAAAUGAAAAAAAUGUAUGUAUACUGUAAUAUGUUAUGCAAUAAAUGUAUAGUUUUAUUUAAAAAUGUAGUUAACAACCUCAAUAACAUUUUAAUAUAAACAAUUAGGCUAGAUAUACCUAUACUCAGGAGACAUUCAGAUUCAGAAACAGCAUCAAAUAACUUAAUACAUAGGCCUGGCAAACCGUUAGUAUUUUAUAAAAAGUCAUUUACAAGUAAUUUAUUUCAAAUUAUUGUUACAAGUUUUUACAUUAAUUACAAUACAAAUGAACUAUAAUGAACUAUAAACGUUGUCAAAAAGCCUGCAUUUUCUCCCAUGAAUAAGUUUUCACUAGCCGUGAACAUUUCCUGUACUUGGCUGUUAGACAGAUUUGUUUAGUCUAUAAGAAAUAACCAAUCAAUUCUGCCACCAAGUGAGUCAAUCGGUAAUAUAGGUUUUUCUGUAUGUUUGAAAAAAAAAUUAGAUUAACUUGUCGAUAAAUGCCAUCCUUGUCAAAAUGUCGACAAUUCGGUAUAUUGUUUAUUAUUAUUGUUGUCUCACACAAAAAAAUACAGUAUCUAAUAUACAUAUGCAAUACAUAAUAUCAAGUAGAUCAAAUGUCUAACACAUGCUGGCAGUUAGUGGCCCUGGUAAGAGUUGAGGUGGAGCCGAGGGGCCCUGGUAUGGCUGAGGUGGAGUCCUGGAAUGGGUUGAACUGGAGUCAAAGGGUCCUAGUAUGGGUUGAGGUGGAG